AGGAGGAUGGAUGCUGGUCGGCUGCACCUGGGAGUUAUGAAAUGUACACCGUUAACCGAGCUUUUCCAAAAGCAGCUCAGGCGAAGAGGUCCGUCUAAAAUGUUGUACAUGCGCAAAUCUCCUGACCAAACCUCUCAUUGACGCCCGUUACAUCAGAAUCAAGGACAACUGCACAGGACAAUGUUGUUCCUGGAUUUUGGAUGGGAAAGGCUUUUAAAAAUCAUAUCCACCGUUUCACUGAGUCGUGCACAAAAGUGGAGAUCCCCGGCAGUAUGAACCGACGCGAAAAGAGAAGUGGAGCAAUGAGCUCUGUGAUGGCUUGGCUCUUCCAGGAGGGUGGAUGCGGUGAACAUCGCAGGCAUGUGACGUAGGUUAGGAGCUGAGUUCAGUCUGGCAGCCAGCACCCCACCGGGACGCUGUUUGGUCGGUAAUAUGUGCUAGCAAACAUCAGCUGGCUAGUUAGUCGAUUAGCUACAUUUCGAUGGACUGAGAAAGUGAGGCGGGUGCUUUUACUCCGUCGGUAACGUAGGCACUGAUGAUGAAGAAGAAAAAUAUUUCAGCAUAGUCGUACCUUCUUGAUCACUGCCUGUUUUUGUCACUUGGGGGCACAAACUGGAAAGUGAAAAAGACAAAAGGCUUUCCAUAGAGAUGGUUUGGGCCUAAUAGGAGAUCGCAGAGCAACAUGAACCGUGAAGACCGGAAUGUGCUCCGUAUGAAAGAGAGAGAGAGACGUAAUCAGGAGAUCCGGCAGGGUGCGGAGGCCGUCCCAGGGAGCUGCCACCUCUUCCCUGAGCCCUACAAAGUUUCUAGCAAGGAGGAUAAGCUGUCCAGCCGCAUCCAGAGCAUGCUGGGUAAUUACGACGAGAUGAAGGACGUGAUCGGAGAGAAUACGCCCAAGCUCGUCGGCCCCAAAGCCACCGGCUCCGUGUCCCUGGAGGACCGGCCGCAGUUUCCGGAGCGUGUGGCCGGGAAAUGGACCCCAGUGGCCUCAGGAAGCAGCUCGUCCUCCCAGGGCCCGAAGAGGUCUGGCCCGUCAAGCAAAGAGGGCAGCGCCCAGCGGGCCGUGGGGAACCAGAGGCACGAGCGUGACUACAGCGGCGGGAAGAAGGCGAGCAAGCACACGGCAGAGCACGGCAAGGCCCAUGGGCCGAGCCCGGCCAAGGGCCCUCUGAGGCCGCAUGUGGCCGAGCACCACAGCAAAUCCCCACGGGAGCGCGAGCUCAGCUGGGACUCGCCCUCCCGCAUACAGCAUGCCUCCUUCCCCAGCGGGCAGCCCGCCGGCCAGGCCUUCCCGCCGUCACUCAUGUCCAAGCCAGGCCCUGUACAGCAGAAGCCCACGGCCUACGUGCGGCCCAUGGAUGGCCAGGAGAGCUUGGAGCCCAAGGGCGCCUUGGAGAGCUACGGCGGCCAGUCGCACGGCAGCGGCGUGGCCGAGAUGAAGGCCAGCGGCAAGAGCUCCCUGUCCAAGCUUAAGAUCCCCUCGCAGCUGCUGGAGGCCUCUAUGUCAGGGGAUGCCAACUGUGUGGAUGACAUCUUAAAGGAAAUGACUCAGUCUCUGCCCUCGCCUCUGACUGCGAUUCAAACCCCCUGCAAGCCAGAAUCCUCAAAGUUUCCAUUUCCUGCCAAGGGGGCUCAGCUCUCCAGCUUUCCCGGAGGGGGACAGAAGCGACAUGGUUCGGGUUCGAGGUCGGCCUCACAUCAGCCUAAAGGUGGCGACGGCGGCACCUCGACCAAUACACUAAUAAGCGACCUGGAGCUGAGUAGCAGUGAGGAGAGCGACGAGGAGCAAGACCCCAAGGCGGCAGCCAGAAACGAGUCCACGAGCAACCACAGUGAGGGGGCGGACCUGUCCAGGGGCGAGGAAUCCAGUAGCCCCAGUGAAUCGGAGAGCAGCUCUGGCUCGGACAGCGAGAGCGAGAGCAGCUCCAGUGACAGCGAGGCCAACGAGCGCCCCCAUGUGCCCACGCCAGAGCCUGAACCUCCCACCACCAAUAAAUGGCAGCUGGAUAAUUGGCUUCACAAAGUCAACAAGUUCUCGCCAGCCUCUCCGGCAGACGGCAACGUGCCCACCAAGUACAAGAAGGACCCCCGAGACCCAGGUUCGGGGCGGGGCUAUGGUGGCCAGGGCGGAUCCAAGGACUCGGGCGCAUUGGCGCCGAACAGGGACCUGCGGGUGGUGCAGAAGGGCUCAGAGGGUGGCCGGGGAAGACAGCGGUCGCCUGCACAGAGCGAGGGCUGCCCGGUGCAGCGCAGGACCGUGGGGAAGAAGCAGCCCAAGAAGAAUGAGAAGGCGCCCGUGGUGGAGGAGCCCAAGGGCGGCCUGAAGGUGGAGAGCGAGACGCCUCCGGAGAUCCAGCUGCAUCGGCCCAAAGCCGCCACCAAGGGCUCUCGCAAGCCCAGCAUCAAGAAGGAGGCGCGGUCCGUGACCCGCCCGGCUGCCGAGAAGCGGAAGGGCAAAGGCCCGACCAAGCUCAACAAGUCCCGGGAGUUUGUGGAAACGGACACCUCAUCUGAUUCCGAGGAGAACGAGAGCCUGCCGUCAUCAUCCCAGACCCCGAAGUACACAGAGAGCAUCCGCACCCCGGUCUGCAUUCCCUCUCCUGUGGAGAAGGAGGUGCUGUCCCCGCUCAGUGACUCCGACGAGCCCUACCCCAUCCGGCAGGAGCUGCUGGUCCGAAUUGACCUCAGCCUGUUGUCCAGGAUCCCGGGCCGACUGCACCGUGAGCCGGAGCCGCCCAAAGUAGAGCGCGAUACCACCGCCAGCGAAAGGGACGGCAAGGAGUCCCAGAAGCAGCCGGGCGAGAAAUCUUCCGGGAAAGGCAAAAGGAAGCGGAAGAAUGAGGACGAUGCCGUAAAGGGUGACAAGAGGCCCAAGCUGGAUGACAAGAGUUCAUCACAUCACAAAGCCGCCGGCAAAGAGUCUUCCAAGAAGGCUGCAGACAGGAAGGAGGAGCCGGCGCCUUCACCCUCCAUCCCUGGGCUGCAGAAGAUGCCACGGGCAGAGCCAACGAGCCGCAAGCGCACUGCCAGCCAGUCCUCGGCGCCCGUCUCUGGUGGCAACAAGGAGGGCAGCCGCAGUGGCAAGGGGGGCAGCUCGACCUCCAAGCACAGGAAGGGCGAGGACCGGCAGGCCGGGACGGCCAAGGAACCGAAGGAGAAGACCUCCAAGGUCUCUGAUGGCCAGCCUGCUGCUCUGCUGUCCUCAGAAGGUUCAAAGUCCCGAAGAUCAAAACUCACGUUUGAGGACCGACUGCACUCUGCUGACUACUACCUGCAGGAGGCCAAGAAGCUGAAGCACAAUGCCGAUGCACUGAUGGACCGCUUCGAGAAGGCCGUGUACUACCUGGAUGCCGUGGUCUCCUUCAUUGAGUGCGGCAAUGCGCUGGAGAGGAGUGCACAGGAGGCCAAGUCUCCGUUCCCCAUGUACGCCGAAACCGUGGAGCUCAUCAAGUACACAAUGAAGCUGAAGAACUACCUGGCCCCUGACGCCACAUCUGCUGACAAGAGGCUGGCUGUUCUCUGUCUCCGCUGCCAGGCUCUGCUCUACCUGCGGCUCUUUAAGCUGAGGAAGGAGAGUGCCCUCAAGUACUCCAAAACCCUCACCGAGCACUUGAAGAACUCCUUAAGCAAUACUCAGGCUCCUUCCCCUGGAAUGGGAAGUAAAGCGGCGGGAAUGCCGUCCCCUGUGUCCCCCAAGCUGUCCCCGGGCAGCACGAGCAGCCACUCAUCCGGCGCAUCCAACAGCAGCGGCUCCUCCUCUGUCACCAUCCCUCAGCGCAUCCACCAGAUGGCGGCCAGCUACGUGCAGGUCACCUCCAACUUCCUGUAUGCCACCGAGGUGUGGGACCAAGCUGAGCAGGUGGCGAGGGAACAGAAAGAGUUCUUCACUGAGUUGGACAAGGUGAUGUCCCCCUUGAUCUUCAACAGCAGCAGCAUGACGGAGCUGGUCCGCUACACACGGCAGGGCCUGCACUGGCUGCGGCUGGACAGCAAGCCUGCGGCCCAGCGGCCACAGACCCCGCUAUGAGCCCGACGGCGCCCCCGUGUGGCUCUGCAGUGAACUACCGUCUCCUCCAAACUGUACGACAGGUGAAGCCUGCUUCAUUUAGGACGGUUUCCCAGGAAACAGUACAGUACCUGCUUGGUUGAGCCUCUGCAUCACUCUUGUAGCCAAAGUACCUGGUUUAUUUAUUUCAGUUUUUUUUAACCAAAGGUGCUUUCACAUAGGUUUGUCCUUACCUCCGUUGUCUUUUUGUGCCUUGUGUUUUAAAUAUAGGCUUGUUAUUUGUCCCAUACUGCACCACACAUAGUAUUUGCAUCUGGUUAGUAAACACGCCCCCCCCCCCCAUAGGAAACUAGUCCUUAGUUCAUUGGAAGAGUAAUGAGAGCUGUGGUGGUGAAUGUGUAACACUGAGAGUGUCACACCGCAGGGUGUCCCUGCGAGACUGAGGGCGGGAAGUGGGGGGUCGAGAGGUGAGGCGUGUGUCUCAAACACAUGCUGUGCAGACGGCGCAGUGUGCCGAAGUCCGGGGAUGGGCGUUUAGUGCUUUGAUGCCCCGCAGUGCUGCUGGCUGCGCAUUAGCCGAGUCUUAACAUUGUUAUUAACGAAGAUUUUAUGGACCGUUUCAUGGUGAAAUGAUGGGCUAUGAGUUCUAAGUGUUUUUCCUCUUCUAAAAUCCUGCAAUUGAGACCAUACCUUGUACAGUAUUUCAUAAGAAAGAAAAAAAAAAGUCUUGGCGAUGUGUGAUGUUGCUAUCAGAAGCUAAACCUUUAACAGGGGAAAACGUGCACUUGAGUUUUAACUGUUCGCUAGCAUCUUAACAUUUAGAGUAAUGUGAAACCUGCUCGUUUGCCAUGGGUUUUAAUAAUCAUGUAACAGGUUUAUCAUGAAAUAUUUAGGGCUUAACACAGGGUUGAUAUGGACAAUAAAAUGUAAGAUUUGGGUUUUAAAAUAGUUUCGCAAAUUGUCACUGUUUAUUUAUAAUCUGCAAUUAGAUGAUGCAAGACCAUCAAAUUAAAAACCUUUUUUAAAUUUUUUUUUCUAAAGACUGGUACAGUCUUUAUAUAUACCAAACUGAAUGGUGUAUUUCUUAACCAUAUGUCAUAUUGGCUUAACAACAUGUAAAAAUGUAAAUUAAAAAUGAGAAUGCAGGGAUUAAACUGUACGUCAGAGGACGGGGAUACAGGAUGCGGUUUGGAAGCAGAAGAGGAUCCUGCGACCUUUGUGAUUCUCUCGGCACGGACAGCGUGGGGCCACCACUGCUUUGCCACAUUUUGCACUAAAACUUCACCCGUUUCCUGGUCUUUUGGAAACCACCUUCUCCCAGAGCCUCUGAUACAAGUGUAAUCUAUGCAGCCUUUUUUAUUUUCACGUAUUUAAUAAAACACUGGUUUCAGUACAUAUUGUCAGGUGUAUUUUAAGAGGACGUUGAGAGACUUGCCUGCUGUGUGUAGUAAUUGGUGUUUUGCUAACCCCACUUGAUGCCAGGAGUAAAUUAUGGGGUAAAUAAAUGGGGGGGAAAGGGGCAAAAACCAUUAGAUUGUAGUAAACAUAGAAACCUAUUAGAAAUAUUUACGAAAUACGUCCUUCAGUCCUGGGUUACUUAAUUUUGAUUUAAAGUUUGUAAAAGUGCAAAGCACAUCAUGCCUCUUUACAACAUGUAUAAAUCAGUAUCUUAUGAUUUUGAUUUGUAAACAAAUACUAUUAAGUCUAUUAGUAUUGUUGCCUAAAUUGCUCCAGGCAAGACGGUGAAGACUGUUACAAAUGACCACGUCUUAAGGCUUCUGCUUUUCCCUUUUAUGUUGCCGUCUAAUCAUCACUACACUGAAAGUAUUAAUGUUACAUUAACUGCCAAUAGUGUUAGCAGGAUGGGAGAUCCUAGAAAAAGGUCUGUGGAACUGCUGACACUCAAGCAACAUGUCAUCCUGAUUUCUGAACAUUAAAGGGUUCUUAUUUUUUACAGGCUGUCAAAUAGAUCCGUUUUACACAAGGAACAGUGUGAAUGCAGUAUGUCUAUCUGAGGUACUCUUGGGUUCACAUUCUAUUAAGAUGUGCUUGUGAAGUGGGAACUCCAGUGCUGUAUAUUUUUUGUAUUGUAUUAAGAAUAAUAUAUACUGUAACUGUUUCACAUUGUAUUUUAAUGAAAUGUCACAAAAUUGUUUACUGACAUUUUGUACAGUAAAGAUCACCUUUGUAUAA